AUGCGGUUGGCGUUCCAGCUGAUGGACGAGGAGUUGAUGGGGAAGGAGUGCGUGGGGUCAACGGCGGUCGUCGCAUUGGUCGGCGGGUCAAUCCUGUGCGUAGCCAACUGUGGAGACUCCAGGGCCGUGCUGUCCAGGGGCGGGGCGGGCUACAGGCUCACACGGGACCACAAGCCUGACCUGGAGGAUGAGCAGGAGAGGAUAAGGAGCUGCGGAGGGGAGGUCUUGAACUGCAACGGCCCGCGGGUGAUGGGUCAGUUGUCCAUGUCGCGAGCCCUGGGCGACCACUUCCUCAGGGGAGCGGGAGUCGUCGCCGAUCCGGAGAUGUUCACAAUUCACAACACCAUAACUGGAAGAAAAGGAAAAACUGACUCCAUUCGCAUUCGCUUCGCGCAGGUUACAAUCAUCUGCAGGGACUCUCGUGACGAGUUUAUGAUCCUGGCUAGCGACGGCCUGUGGGACGUGAUGCCGGAUGAGGCGGUCAGCAAAUUAGCGCGCAAGUGCCUAAGGCGGUCCAAAGAGCGGGAAGUUCCGCCAGAAACAGCGGCGCGGGUGGCGGCACGGGUGCUGAUUAGGACGGCUGUGGAGAGGGGGUGCAGGGACAACAUCACUGUGACCAUCAUUGACUUGAGCUGGGGCAGAUAG